AUGGACAUGUCCCUGGCCCAGGCGGAGGCGGCCAUCUUGGCUCGGGACCUGCAGCAGCUGCUAUUGGACGCGGUGCCGCUGAGCUGCCGGUUGCCCAGGGCAACGCUGCCCAACUACGACAACGUCCCCGGCAACCUGAUGCUCAGCUCCCUGGGGCUAACGCUGGGCCAGCGCGUGCUGCUGGACGAUAUGAAGGUGGGGAUCUUCGCUCCGGUCUCUAAGAUCUCGAAGUGCGUGGACCAGCCUCCGUCGCCCGUGAAGAAGAAGGCCUCCAGUGCUGGUCUGGACCCGGAGGGGGCCGAUGUGGAGGUGGGGGACCAGGUCCUGGUGGCCGGCCAGAAGCUCGGCGUCGUCCGCUUCUACGGGAAAACCGACUUCGCUCCAGCCCAGAAGAAGAAGGCCUCCAGUGCUGGUCUGGACCCGGAGGGGGCCGAUGUGGAGGUGGGGGACCAGGUCCUGGUGGCCGGCCAGAAGCUCGGCGUCGUCCGCUUCUACGGGAAAACCGACUUCGCUCCAGUGGACGUCUGCUGGAAACAGGAAACUAACGCCUCUCUCUUUUUGUGCUCCUCCAGAAUCGGAGGGCCUAAAGAUGGCGGGCAGGCCGACGGCGCCAUGGUGAAGAAGGUCCACCAGGUCACCAUGGCGCAGCCAAAGAGGAACUUCAACACCAUGAGAUCCCCUAAAGACCUCACCUCUGAGAGCUCCAUAUCCAGGUGA